UCAGUGCCAAUGACUGCACCAGGCAGGUAGCAGAGGCUUUUGAGCAGGGCCAGCCCGCAUCAAUCAACUUAGCUAGAGGGCUCUCUCUGUAAUUGCCGACUAUUACAAUGUGUGGCACGAGGAGUUCAACACUAUUUUCCAACACGAUGAAAUGGCAUCAAGGCCUCCUCUCACAUCCAGUGAUAAUUGAACAAUUAAACUUUAGCAUAUAAAUUACCUCUUCAUAUGGCACAGCUAAUUACAGAGGCAGGCCAGUCACAAAGAAAGCACUCUGAGGUCGAUACCAAAACUGUUUUCCAGACUUUAAUGAUUCAGAUUUGCUCAGGUUUAACAAGGUUUAUUUUCCUGGUGCCAAUAAUUAAUAAUAGUCAGUUUAAGGUUACAUGCAACACUUUAGCACAGAAAAAAAAUGCCUGAAAAUGAUUAUUUCAUCUACUUUAUACAUACUUUCUCAAGCCUCUUUCCACCUCCCAGACUUUUUCAGGUGCAAUGAUCCAAAUUAUACAGGUGAUUGAGACCCAGGAAUAUUUUCAGACCAUUUACUUCAGGUCAUCCAGCAGCAGCCCCUCAUUAAACAUCUUGAUUAGACAGGAUUUAAAUCACCCCCCGUUUGAUUGGGGGCAGUUAAGCUCUUUAUACUCUUCACUGUGAAAUGCAAAUUCUCCCCGAAACGAAUGGACACGACUCCUCGGAGAGCAUAUGGAGAAUCUCUCGUAUUAAUAAUUCAACGGGAGCAAGCAAAAAUUAGUGAGCAGAGCAUCAGCGGAGCUGGGCGGCCAUUACUUCUGCAAAUGAGGUAUUUGAUUUGAAAGACUGAAAAUGGAAAUAUCCUCAGUCUGAAAAAUGAUCUUUUUUUUAACAGUGCAAGAAACUAUCGUGUACUUGUACAUGACAGCAUAAUUCCAACAAAUGCAUGAAAUUCAUGUCACUAUCAGUCUCCCGAUCGUGCUAUUUCUUUCUAGGAAGGUCACUGAGCCCUCUAUACAACAGCAGCUAAGCCCCCAAGUAUGAACUCUAAUGCCUAAUUACACCAAAGUGGGGACCUGAAACCCCUCGGAAACUCCUCUCACACACAGUGGAGCUCUUCAGGUGCAUUAAGUGAACAUGGCAUUAGCGCUGUACAAUGGCAGACACAAGGCUUCAGGAUCCACUUGAAGGAUGCAGUGGACAUGAAGAGGCCCCAUAUUUUAGUCCAUGACAAAAGGUUGAAGAUAGCAACAUGGGUUUUGCAGCAGCAGCAGUAUGCAGAAUCGACAAACAAUUGCUAAUUUCUCUGUAAAAUAUGUGUUUUUGAGAACUUGGUGCCUAAAAGAACACUAAAUGUCGCAGGGUAAAGUUUGUGCAAAACAAACACGACCAUGUUUGACACCAUAAACUCGCCCCUCGGAUAGUCAGAGAUGAAGCAGAUUACGAUUUUGAUAUUAAUGCCGACCGAAAAGGCCAAACUAGGAGCACAGAGCGCAUUUAAUAUAUAAACGUGGCUGCUCUCACACACGAGUCAUUUGCAAGUUCCAAUACAAGAUGAUUAUAUGUGUUGAUACAUCAAGGCAAGAGAUGGAAAUGAUUGGAAAUGUAUCACGAGGUGGUGAUCGUGGACAAUAUUAAACUGCACAAAGGCGCUUUUGUUCUCGAAUUCCUGCAGCAGUUCAGUCAGUAUUGCCUCUGCUUUAAUUUAAUAUCUAUUUAUUUUACUCCAUUGUAUGGGUUUUAUUGAGGUUGCGCCUGCGUUAUCACCCCGAUCUCAACCAGAAGUGAAGGUCAGGAGAGGCAGAGUGCCUCUGUUUAUUGGCUUCCAUUGAGCCCAUAUGAGCUGAUUUGGCUAUCUGCUCUUGAUAUUAAGCUCUUUCAUAGUAUUUUGUGCUAUCCGGAUAUUGUUUAUCACCACAUUGAGAUAUUCACUGUGUAUUUACUAGUGAAUUAAAUAUUCUUCAUCACUUUUGUAAUAUCCUCUCUGUAGGCUCAUGCAGGAUGUGAGAACCCUGCUGGAUGUGCCAGCAAAUCCUUAUUGACUAUCUAUGAGUUCAUGGGGGGAAAAAAAAUCUCAGUAUAUAUUUCAUCUGUUUCCUCCCAUAUGCUAUGAAAUCUUUCUGCUUUCGGACGAGUUCUCUACAUUAUUGCAAAAUCUGCUUCUUGAAUUCUCAAGGGUCACCUGUAAGUAUAAAUAAUAAUUAUUUAUUCCUUCAUUCACUUUGAUCUUGCAGAGCUGUCAUGGUAUUAAUCAAAUUAUUUAGAAAUCUAAUUAGUUAUUAAUUAGGCAAGAAAUGUAAAUGUCUCAGAAAUGUGUGUCUUAUUUGUUGAAAUAAACUGUACCUUACAGAUGUAUGUCAUUUCCAGUGGGGCCUCGUGUUCAGAAAUACACAAAAAUGAUUUCAUAGCAACAAGGAAGCGAGCUAGCAUUGCAUCACUGGAGCACAAACAACACUACACUGGUGUUUGCUUCCUUUAAGGCACAGUUGAGUUGAAAGUGCUUAAUGUUAAAGCGGACUAUUGAUCAUUUCAUCCAAUUUUUUGCUUUUUUGUUUUUAAGUCAUGACUGAAUAUGGACAGUGUGGCUAAUUUAGUCUGAUAUUUGCUCAGAUCACAAUGAAUUUUCACUUUGUACUCAAGCACACUGGUGCACCUCACCAGUACUGGGUUGGACCCCAUGUCAGCCUUCAAAACGGCCUCAGUUUAGCCUAGCCGCGCUAGACAACCCACGGCAACGAAUUUAAUUCUCUGCCAGGGUGGGUCUAGUUAUCCUCCAUAAGGCUCGAGGCUGAAUUCUCCUAAAACUGGCCGGAUGAAUCACCAUGAAGUGUAGAGUCAGAAGGCGGGCGUAACUAAGUGACAGAGGCGCGACGAUUCUGACAGAAACAACCGGAAACAACUAGCCUAGCCGCGCUAGACAACCCACGGCAACGAAUUUAAUUCUCUGCCAGGGUCGACAACAAAAACGACAACAGUCGUUGAGCUCCAUUAGCACCGACUCUGAAUAAUCUUUCUGUUAACAUGUCUGUAAUAUGCUUGAGCUUCACCCAUUGACUGUAUAAAUAAGGCUUCACUGAACUACCGCAUCCUCUGAUUUCCAGCGCUCUAGGAGUCUAUUCGUUGCGCUGAUUGGUUGUAUACCUACCCAAUUGCUGCAGAGGGAUUUGAUAGACAACCUUUUAGCCCACCUCCCUCCCUGUCCAGCGUCCCUAGACCCUUGUGCCUUCAGAACAUGGGUCUAGCAGGGCUAGGCUAGCCUCAAUUAUUUGUGGCAUAGAUUUAGCACGGUGCUGCCAACAUUCCUCAGAUAUUUUAGUCCGUAUUGACAUGACAGCAUCACUGCAGAUUUGCUGGCUGCACAUCUAUGACACAAAACUCACCACAUCCCGAAGGUGCUCAAUUGGAUUGAGAUAUGAAUCCAACAGCUGUCAAGAAAUAACUACCCUUCAUGAAGAAAUUUCUACUUGUUGUGGAGGUUUCAUCAUAUCACAUCAGCAACUGUACUUAAAUUUAGAUUUCUUUCUAUGGGUCAAAUUGAUUGAUUACAUAUGAUAAGACCAAAAGCUUCAGAAAAACUACUAAAAGGCCCUUAUCAUGGUGGCAGGAGCACUAAUCUUCAUAGCAAUGAUUUCUUUUGAUACUUUAGAAAAACGUUUCCUAUUAUACGCAUUUCAGUGCAUGCCUUUAACACGUAGUACUUGCACCGGCUUUUUUUCCACAGUGGUGUUGACAUCAGAUUAAUUUUUCCACCACUGACUGGCAGAUUCUCAGUAGAAGCAUCACUUGCACAUCACAUGGAAAUAGCAGGCAUGGUUCCCUGAAUGCAUCAUGAAAGAAAACAUUUGCCACUUCACGGAUCAUAUGUGCGGCGCCGAGUGACGUGUGCAGACGUCACGUCUCGUGGGCGAAAUCUGAAGCUUCAGGUGGCGCACGUGGUCUGUUGUUUACUUCUUCCAGGAAAGCUGGAAGUGCAGCUGGAGCGGAGGGGGGGCAGGACAAAUUGUGAAACAGCGUUCCUGGAUAGAGUUACGUUGCUCAGCAUUUGGGGGAGAAAAAAAUAUACACGGACGGAACGACAUUAACGCCGGGGGUGAAAAAAAUGCCGAGGUGAAUUUGCAGAUUUUUCACUCGUCGAAAGGCACUUUGAAACAGCGCGAGACUUCAACAAUAAAGACUAUGCUUCAGCUUGGAAACCUGUUUACCCAGUUUCAUCUCAGCUCCAAAGCUUCAGAAAAUGCCCAAAGUCAGAGCUCAAAGCCGACACCAUACCUGCCUGACUUUUUACAGCAUGUCACGAAACUCACCGGGCUGAGAAAGGAAGAUGUUUACUGCAACUUGCGAAUCCCUGACCAGUUUCAGGCAGCCAAAGAUGACAUCAACUUUGUUAUCCUCACAGGCCAAGGGAUCUUCUGCAUAGACGUUAAACCCUGGAGAGGCAUGGUGUCUGCUAACAACCAAAACUGGCACGUGCAAGUGAAAGAAGAGGACCAAAACUUUACCAGUACCUGCAUCGAGCAGAUUGAAGAUCCCCUCAAAGCUAUCAUGACCAAGACAGCAAACGUAUGUAGCCAUUUGAAGAGGAGUGGAGUCUCUGUCCGCCCAAGUCUCUUCUUCCCCAGAGUCGUCUUCCUCUCUCCGGACUGUGAGCUGGAUGAAGGGCUGAGGAAGAAGAGGGAGCUGGUCUCCUACAGCCAGAUAGAUGAUUUCCUCCGAUCUUUCAAGGAGGGUUAUAUGGCCUGGAUAUCAGAUGCCCUGACACCAUCCUGGCUCUCGGGUCAUCUGUCAUACAAGCAGAUGGAGUCAGUGCGGGAGGUCCUGAGGAGGGUGGGAACGUGGGAUUUGAUUCGACUGCACUGUGGCGAGCAGCUGAAAGGCGACUACCAGGGCUGCCAGUACAUCGCUCUGAACCGCCAGGAGACGGACACGCUUGAAUUUUCCAGAGUCAAGACCCUAUCUGCUGAUUCAUUGUGGGCCCUGCUGGGACACGCUCCUCAGGUAACAGUUAAAAUGUACAAGCGUGGCUGUCACAGCUGGCUGGGUAAAUCCUUGACCGCAACCACCACGAUCCCUUCCAACACCUUUGUGAUCUUCAGGAUCAGCGGUGAGGAGGCAGAUGCCAAAAUCCCUGCGAACACCAUCCACAGCAUAACACUCAGCAUAUGACACCCUGCAUCAGGCACUGCAACACGGCACUGAAGGGAGAGGAGGAAAUCUUAACUAUGAGUGUCCGGAUGCAAAAAAAAAGAAAAAAAGCUAACUUAUAUCUUAGCUCUUAUGUUUACUGAGUGAUUUGUACUAUGCAGUGUUUGCACUUUGUUAUAUUGUACUAACAAAACAAACUCCAAGUGCCUUUAUGUCAGCAUUCACUAAAGAAACAAAAGACCCAUCUGCCAAUUAUUCUGAUUCUCUGAUCAUCAGUGGCAAUAUUAUGUUAAUGAAAAUGAUUUCAGACAAUUAGCCUGAUUAACUUUCUCUUGUUUUGAAUUUCUAGGGCUGGCCCACACUUUACACUAGCCAUUAAUUAAUCAUUACGCCAGCUGACUGUGUCACAUCAGUUCAGGACUGAAGUGUUUAAUGUGUUAAUUGUGGUGGUUAAAAACCGGUGGCCUGUGGAGCAGCGGGGGCCGAGCAUUUUACUGCCACUGUGGGGUUUAAUGGGAAGUUAUUUACGAACUGUUUAGACAGUGUAACUGUAAGGUGCUUUAUUAAUAUGCUCCACCGCACAGAGGAGACGAUAACAUAUUCAAGAGCGCACGGCCGCAGCCACCAGCACCAUUCAUAACUGUGGCUGAGUCACUUUCCAUCAGUUACCAGGCUCACACAGCUGCGCUAACAGCUAGCAAUUGUAUUUACUGGGCCUGGUAGUGGCCAAAAUGAAGUUAUUUCCAUCAAGAUAUCAGUGCCUUUAGCUAAUGCAAUAGAAGGAGCUCUCUGUCGAUGGUAUCUCUUUGCAUGGCAUCUCUACCUGAAACAUCAUUACACUGUACUCAAGCUCCUCACUUUUUUAAAUGUCUGUUUUACCUGAGGGACAGAUUAUCUGCUGUGUAUAAGCAGCACUGUGUUGUUUGCAUUGGCAGGUGCACAUUUUUGGGACAGGUUGUUUCUGGGUUCUCAGUAAUCAGUGCUUGAAUUUAUACGUGUUUUGAUGAAUGUAUUGUUUUUGCAUAUUUAACCUUCAGUAGUCCUCAGGAACUCUUCUCACCACAACACUUGACAAACAGUAUUGACAGUAUCAGUCUGGUUUGGGAAUAUUAAAUCUGAUAAAUGGUGGGUGCAUGCAGGGUCUACUGUAGUUUUAUUAUUCUUUGAUAUGAAUAUUUCAUUUUUUCCUCAAAAUUCAAAGCACUUUCAAGCUUAAACCAACUUAAGAAGCAUGAUUGUUAACCAUACUCCUCAGUUUAUUAAUCUAGGUGCAUUUUUUAAGCCACUGAGUGUUUUUCAUGUUUGUACUAUCUGUUGUUGUAAUAAAAAGAUUGGAUUAUUUAA